UUCAAGGUCUGCCAUCUGUGCUCCCCACCUACCGUGCUCCCUCUUCAACAACAGCCAUGCCUCCUCGAAUCACUCCGCUCGUACUUCGGCCUCGGCUGGCAAGCACGGCGCUCCGAGCAGGCCCUGGCCCCUUCCGCCACAUCGCAUCGAAGAACAAUCCCGACAAGCUUCCUGAAGCCCCCAAGGGCCAACCAGGUCCCAAUACGCAGCAGCAGGAACAUGUCAGUGAAGAAGCCGCCAAGAUGGCGAAGAUACAGGGCCAAGAGGGGCCGGACAUGAACCAGGGCACCCCCGUGCAAGAUAUCAUGAAGGAGGAGAAGAAACAACGCGACCAAGCGCCCGAAGUGCUCCAACAACAGAUGAAUUCCAAGCAGCAAUCGUCCAAUACCAAGCCGUCCACCAACCCCGGCGGCUCUCGCUCCUUCUCCACCUCCAUCCGCCGACGACUUGAGCUUCAGCCCUCCACAUCGCCCUCCGAUUUCAAUCCGGCUAUGCUUUCAAGUCUCGGAGGUGCCAAUCUCUCCGCCGGAUCCAGUCUCGACACACCUACGGCCACCUCCAAUCAACUUUCCCACAAAUUUCCCCUCCCGGCCAUGGACAGCAUAGUCAACAAAGCUGAGCGCUACGACCCCGUGGUGGUCCAGCUUACCAACUUCAUGAUGCGAGAUGGCAAGAAAUCUGUCGCACAGCGCAACAUGUCUGUCAUCCUCAACACUCUUCGCACCUCCCCCGCCCCCACCUACUCCGCCACCAGGGCCCUUCUCCCUGGCGCCCCGCCCGCGUCCUAUCUUCCCCUGCAUCCGAUUGCCUAUCUCACCCUCGCCGUCGACUCCGUUGCACCUCUUAUGCGAAUUCGCAGCCAGCGUGGUGCGGCUGGCGGUGGUGUCGCUUUACAGAUCCCGGUGCCGUUGGGCCUACGGCAGAGGCGGAGAACAGCGUUCAUGUGGAUCUUGGAUGCAGUGAACAAGCGGCAGAAUCGGGGCAGUGGGAGAGACAUGUUUCCAACGCGCGUCGCAAACGAGAUCAUUGCCGUCGUUGAAGGCCGCUCGGGAGUCUGGGAGCGGAGGAUGGCGGUGCAUCGCUUGGCUACCACGAGCCGCGCGAAUUUGAAUUUCAGACAGGGUGGUGGCGGCAGGAGAUGAUGACAAGGGAUUUAUUGGGAGUAGCAACACCUACCGAUCGAUACAACGCCACCGAGAUUCGGCGGAUAGUGGUCUGAAGCCAUCGGCGACUGACAGACCGAAACAUACGAAGCUGUAAAUAAGAUGACAUGAAGAAAGAAGCCUCAGAAGCUGAUUCCACCGACAUUCUCAUACAUACACGCUGCUUGAGAUACAUGCUAACUGUG